CUAAGUGACUGAGUGAGUGAACAAAAAAAAAAAAAAGAAAAACACUAGAAAAUGGACAAGAGUUUUGGCAUUACAAUUUUGGUGACACUAAUUUUAGUGCACUUUGCUUAUGGAGCAAGAAAUACACCCACUACUAAUGUAGUAGACACCACAAAGAAAGGUGCAUUAGCACCAACUAAUGACAAGAAAAACUUUGUUUCUUUUGGUGGAAUUGGAGGUGGUGUUGGUGGAGUUGCCGGAGUUAUUCCUAUUGGAGGUCUUGGUGGUGUCGGAGGAGUGGGCGGCAUUGGCGGAGGAAGUGGUCUUGGAGGUAUUGGAGGCUUGGGUGGUUUAGGAGGCGGAGCUGGUGGAUUAGGUGGUUUAGGUGGCGGAGCUGGUGGAUUAGGUGGUUUAGGAGGAGUUGGUGGGCUUGGUGGUGCUGGUGGCGGUGCUGGAGUUGGCGGUGGUGCUGGUUGUGUUGGAGGUCUUCCUUAAAAUAUGUGUAUUUUUUAUGUCUUUUUAAAUUUGUUACAUAACAUAAAUUAUUUAAGUGAAAACUGUUAAAUGUAGUGUAACGAAUUUAACUUGACAUAGAAAGUAUUUUGUUAUAAGAUAAUUAUGUUGUUAUAUUAUGGUUUAACUUAGUUAAGUGUACUGUUUUGUUUGGUUUUUUUGAAG